AUGGUGUUUGAGAGGAGCAGCUGUGUUCUUGCCCAGCCCAAUGAACACCCUUCAAAGACUUUUGGAGAUAUUAACCUCACUCUGGGCAUGCUGAACAAGGAAGAUAAUAUCAAUAAGGAAGAAAUUUAUAGUCAUCUCACUUCCGUUAUUCAGAAUGCUGACAUCUUGGAUGAUGCCAUUGUCCAGAGGUUGAUUUAUUAUGCUUCUAAGGACAUGAGAGAUGACAAUGUCCUCCGAGAAAUCAGAAUGCUAGCUGGCGAGGUCUUGGUGUCCCUUGCUGCACAUGAUUUCAACUCUGUGAUGUUUGAAGUACAGAGUAACUUCCGGAUCCUGGAGCUCCCAAAAGAAUUCAUUGUGCUUGCCCUGGCGGAGCUGGCAACCAGCUAUGCCUCCCAGAGCAUCCCCUUCAUGAUGAUGACCCUGCUCACCAUGCAGACCAUGCUCAGGCUGGCGGAGGAGGAGAGCAUCAGGGGAGCUUUCUGUGUCGCCCUUGAGAAGUUCAGCAAGGCCAUUUACAAGUAUGUGAACCACUGGAGAGAUUUCCCCUACCCCAGACUGGACGCCAACCGACUGUCCGACAAGGUCUUCAUGCUGUUCCGGUACAUCAUGGAGAAGUGGGCCCCCACGGCCACACCCGUGCAGACUGUGUCCAUCGUCAAGGCCCACGGCCCCACCGUGAGCCUGCUGCUCCAUCGAGAAGACCUCUGUGAAUAUGCCCUGGGCCAGGUGCCCUGGCUGCUGAACCAGUAUAAAGACAGAGAGAUCGAUUUCCAUGUCACACAGAGCCUGAAACAAAUCCUGACUGCGGCCAUCCUCUAUGACACUGACCUUCCAAAGGCCUUGAAAAGAAGCAUCUUCGUCAAUUUACUCCACCAGGUGUGCAGAGUCCCGGAGCCUCCGGUAAAGGAAAAUGAAAUGGAAGCUUCCAGCUGCUUCCUCAUUCUAGCCCACUCCGACCCUGCAGACCUGAUAGACUUUUUUGAUGAACAAAUAAGAAGUAAUAAUGAAGCCACUCGAAGGGGGAUCUUGACCUUGCUGAGACUGGCUAUCAGUGCUGAAGAGCCCAACCUGAGGGAUCACAUUACUUCAAUAGAAAGAACAGUCAAAGCUGUCAUGGGUGACCUCAGCAUAAAAGUAAGAAAUUCCACCCUCCUCCUCAUCCAAACCAUGUGUGAAAAAUGCUACAUUGAAGCCCAGGAAGGAUGGCCACUGAUCAAUUACGUCUUCUCCCAGUUUGUAAUGUCCAACAGGAACCUGGAGAAGUCAGCGAAACCUAACUCCCACAAGGAUGAAAAGGGAGAGCAAUCUGUCCGAGCAACAAGCCUGGAGGUCUUAAAAACGCUGGACCCUCUGGUCACGGGGAUGCCUCAGGUGCUAUGGCCGCGAAUCCUGACCUUCGUGGUACCUGCAGAAUAUACGGGGACUCUGGACUGCCUGUUCAACAUCAUCAGAAUUCUGAUUAUGGCAGAAGAGAGAAGGAAAAAUAACGCCCCAGAGUCAACAGCCCUUGUCAUCUCCACGGGAGCUGUGAAACUUCCUUCACCACAGCAGCUCCUGGCCAGACUUCUGGUGGUGUCUAUGCUUGCCAGUUUAGGGAAAUUAUGUGGGGUUGGUGCGAUAGGACUUUUGAAGAUAUUGCCUGAAAUAAUUCACCCCAAAUUGGUAAACCUGUGGAAAACACGCUUACCCGAGCUCCUGCAGCCUCUGGAAGGAAAGAACGCUGGCAUCACGCUGUGGGAAACGAUGCUGCUCCAGUUGCUCAAAGAGUCUUUAUGGAAGAUCAGUGACGUAGCCUGGACCAUUCAGCUGAGUCGCGAUUUCAACCAGCAAAUGGGCAGUUACAGCAACACCUCCAUUGAGAAGAAAUUCCUUUGGAAAGCCUUGGGAACCACCUUAGCAUCCUGCCAAGACGCAAACUUCGUAAGCUCACAGAUAAAGGAGUUUCUGAUCGCUCCCAGCCAACUGGGGGAUCAACGACAGGGAAUUACAUCUAUUUUAGGAUACUGUGCUGAGAACCACUUGGAUACUGUUUUAAAAGUUCUUAAAACAUUCCAAGAUCGGGAAAAGCAUUUCAUGAAUCGAUGUAAGGGUCUUUUUUCGGGGAAAAAGAGCCUGAGCAAGACUGACGUCAUGGUAAUCUAUGGAGCUGUGGCCCUCCACGCUCCCAAGGGUCAGCUCCUCACCAGGCUUGAUCAAGACAUCGUAUCCCAAGUCCUGUUUCUAUAUGGCCAGUGCUCUCAGGUUCUGGGCAUGUCUGUGAUGAACAAGGACAUGGAUCUGCAGAUGAGUUUCAUAAGAAGUAUCACUGAGAUUGGCAUUGCUGUCCAAGAUGCUGAGGAUCCGGGGUUCAGGUUUUCCUACAAGGAGGUGCUGCUCGGUCACAUGCUGGACUUCAUCAGAGACGAGCCCCUGGACUCCUUGGCUACCCCUGUGCGCUGGAAAGCCCUCGUCGCCAUCAGACACCUCAGUAAACUGAAGCCUCGGCUCUCGCUCCACGACCACCUCAAUAUUCUUGAAGAGACGAUUCGGAGGCUGCUGCCCCUUCCCCCUCUGGAAAAACUCACAGAUGAGGGCGAGACAGAGAAGGACAAGGAGCACAUCAGUUUUCUCUACGAGCGCUCCAUGGAUGCACUGGGGAAGCUGCUGCGGACCAUGAUCUGGGACAACGUGAAAGCCAGGGACUGUCAGGAGAUGUUCAAUCUUCUCCGAAUGUGGCUUGUUUCACAAAAAGAGUGGGAAAGAGAACGAGCCUUCCAGAUCACCGCGAAAGUGCUGGCAAAUGACGUGGAGGCACCAGACGACUUUAAGAUCGGCUCGCUCCUGGGCCUUCUGGUCCCGCACUCCUGUGACACCCUGGCCACCAUCCGCCAGGCGGCCACCAGCGCUGCCAUCGCCCUGUUCUGUAUGAAAGGUGUUCAACUGGAAAUGGAGAGACUGCAGGGUCUGCAGGAAGGGCUGCAAUGUGACGAUGUGGACAUCCAGAUCAAGAUCUCCUCCAAAAUAGCCAAGAUUGUUAGCAAACUCAUCCCAAGUGAAGAAGUGACCAUGUUCCUGGAGGAAGUCCUGGACGGUCUGGAGACCCUCAACCCCACGUGUACAACGGCCUGUGGCAUAUGGAUGAUCACAGUCCUGAAGGAGCAGGGAGCUGCCUUGGAAGAUCAGCUGUUGGAGAUUCUGAGCAUAAUCUACUACCACAUGCCGAUCCUCAGACAAAAGGAGAAGAGUUUCCAGGCUACCCUCGAAGCCGUGUCCCAGAUCGCCAGCUUCCACACGGGCGCGGUCGUCGCCAACCUUCUUCAGAAGCCUCUGCCCUUCGACAGGGACACCAAGACGCUGUGGAAGGCUCUGGCCGAGCACCCGGCCUCCCGCGGCGGACUCUUGCGAGCCCUGACGGACAAGCUGGACAGCAGGCUGGAAGACGACCUGGCCAGCAUGGGCGCCAUCGCAGUGGCCUGUGCUAUCCAAGAAGUGGUGUCAAUAGGCACCCCAGUGGCAGGCUUGUACCCACAGCUGUUCACCCUCCUCCUGAAGCUGGUCAGCUGCACACUGGGCCAGGAGAUGCCCGCUUCUUCCCUGAGCCUCCGGCGCCGGGUGAUGCAGCAGGGGGAGCGGCAGCAGAUGGCAGACCCCUGCAGGCUCUCCACCACAACUCUGAAGUGCGUGCAAGCCCAGGCCAUGAGAGAGGGCCUGACCAAGGAGUCCGAUGAGGGGGACAACCUAUGGCCGCUGCUCCAUGACCCCAGCACCCACCAUCUCGGCGUCUGUGCACUGGCCAGGAGCAUGGCUGUGUGGCAGCAGGGCGUCAUCGCGAACAUCAUGGAGCAGCUGCUGCCCUCGCUCACCUCCUCCUCGGAGAACUACCGCAUAACCGGCACCGCUUUCUUCUCCGAGCUCAUGAAGGAGCCUGUCAUUUGGAAGCACCGGAAUCUCUGCGACGUGCUCAUCUCCAUGGACCAGAGCGCCUGGGACUGCAACGCCACCUUGCGGCAAAUGGCCAUCCGGGGCCUCGGCAACACCGCCUGCGGAGCCCCUCACAAGGUGAGGAAGCACAAGCAGAUCAUACUGGAAUCCGUCAUCAGAGGCCUGUACCACCUGGCGCGCACCGAGGUCGUCUGUGAGAGCCUGAAGGCGCUCAGGGGCAUCCUGGCGCUGCUCACGGACCGCGACGUCAGCUUCUACUUCAAGGAGAUCGUGCUGCAGACGAGAACCUUCUUUGAAGACGAGCAGGAUGAUGUGAGACUGACUGCCAUUGUCUUAUUUGAGAAUCUGGCAUCCCUAACAGGAAGAAGGUGGAAGAUUUUUUUUGCAGAAGAAAUUAAAAAGAGCAUGAUUUCAUUCCUUCUCCACCUCUGGGACCCCAAUCCCAAAGUUGGAGCUGCUUGCCUUGACGUCCUGAUGGUCUCCAUUCCUUUCCUGGGCCUCCAGGACCUCUACGGGGUGUUGGAUCGUCUCCUUGACGGUCAGGAUCCACCCCGGGCCAGGGAUUUCUACAGGCAGUUCUGUGUGAAGCUGGCCAAGAAAAACCAGGAGAUCCUGUGGAUCCUCCACACACACUCGUUCACCUUCUUCGCCAGCAGCUGGGAGGUGAUCAGGAGCGCAGCCAUCAAGCUCACAGAUGCCAUCGUCUUCAAUCUGACCAACCAGUACGUGGAGUUAUUAGACAGAGAACAACUGACCACACGGCUCCAAGCACUUCGGCAAGACCCCUGCGUCAGCGUCCAGAGGGCAGCCGAGGCCGCCGUGCAGACCCUCCUGAGACGGUGCAGAGAGAUCGGCGCCCUCCUGUAA